CCUAACCCAAUGGCUUCUUCCUUCAUAAUCCCCGUAACCGUUUUUCUCGCCACCGUCAUAAUCGCCGUUAACGGUUGUUCUCCGUCCGACAGAGCAGCACUGUUAUCCUUCAAGGCCGCACUCAAAGAACCUUACCACGGCAUAUUCAACUCAUGGUCCGGCGAAAAUUGUUGCCUGAACUGGUACGGUAUUAGCUGCGACUCCACCUCCGGCCGUGUCACCGAUAUCAACCUCCGCGGCGAGUCGGAGGAUCCUAUUUUUGAAAAAUCGGGCCGUUCUGGUUACAUGACCGGAAAAAUCUCACCGGAGAUUUGCAAGAUCGAUCGUCUCACAUCUCUCAUCAUCGCCGACUGGAAAGCCAUCACCGGCGACAUUCCUCCAUGUGUAACUUCCCUCUCUAAUCUUCGCAUACUUGACCUAAUCGGAAACCAAAUCGCCGGCAAAAUUCCUUCCACCAUUGGAAACCUACAAAGCCUCUCCGUUCUCAAUCUCGCCGAUAAUUCCAUCUCCGGCGAGAUUCCUGCGUCAAUCGCCGACCUCGGUUCUCUCAAACACCUCGAUUUAAGCAACAACGUUCUCACCGGUUCGAUUCCCGCUAAUUUUGGGAAACUCCAAAUGCUAAGCCGCGCUUUAUUGAACCGGAACAAACUCACCGGUUCGAUUCCCGUUUCCAUUUCAAAUAUUUACCGGCUCGCUGAUUUGGAUUUAUCAAUGAACCGGUUAACCGGUUCGGUUCCUUCUGAACUUGGCAAAAUGCAGGUUCUUUCAACUUUAAAUUUGGAUAGUAACUUACUUUCGGGUCAAAUACCUUCGAGUUUAUUAAGCAAUUCGGGUUUGGGUAUUUUGAAUUUGAGUAGAAACGGAUUUUCGGGUACCAUACCUGAUGUUUUCGGUCCAAAAUCGUAUUUUAUGGCUUUGGAUAUGUCUUUUAACAAUUUAAACGGUCGGGUGCCCGGUUCAUUAUUGUCGGCCAAGUAUAUUGGACACUUGGAUCUUAGCCAUAACCAUUUAUGUGGAUCUAUACCAUUGGGUUUGGGUUCUCCUUUUGAUCAUCUUGAAGCGUCGUCGUUUAGUAACAAUGAUUGUUUGUGUGGAAAUCCAUUGAAGACUUGUUAAUAAUGUUGAGGACCCGUGACCCGAAAGUGAAUUACCCGAUUCGUUUAUAAUUCGUACUAUACUACUAGCUAUGUCAUGGAGAUAAAGUGUGAUUCUAUUUUUUAUGUUGUUAGUUUUGGUUUUCUAAAUGAUGUAAUAAUGUAAUAUGAUAUAGUGGUAAAGUUGAAACGGACAAAAAGAAGUUUGAUCGAAAAGGAGCUUAUGCAUGUGAAUGCACUUGCAAAACAUCUUAUAGUAAAUAAUAAUAAGGCUUUGAAGGGAAGAAUUUAUGUUUAAUUGGGCAGAUGUCAUGCUACUCUUAAAAUGUUCCUAUUAUGCAUGUGAGCUUUAUAAUGUAAAAUAUUUGGAUAAAAUGAUCCCAUUAUUGCUU